GGCGCCAGCUGUCGAUUUGGAAGUUCCGGGGGGGGGGCAGCGCAUGCGCGAGUGUACGCGUUGCCGGCGAAGAGGGGAGCCUGACGACUCGGAAAUUUGAAUACCACAGUAGCAUGGAGUGUGACCUCAUGGAGACUGACAUCUUGGAGUCGUUGGAAGAUCUAGGUUACAAGGGUCCAUUGUUGGAAGAUGGCGCUCUGUCUCAGGCAGUCUCUGCUGGAGCCAGUUCCCCCGAGUUUACCAAACUCUGUGCUUGGCUGGUGUCUGAAUUAAGAGUGUUCUGUAAAUUAGAGGAAAAUGUGCAAGCAACUAACAGCCCAAGUGAAGCUGAAGAAUUCCAGCUUGAGGUGAGUGGGCUACUAGGGGAGAUGAACUGUCCAUAUCUAUCACUGACAUCUGGUGAUGUGACCAAGCGCCUUCUCAUUCAGAAGAACUGCCUCCUUUUGCUCACAUACCUCAUCUCAGAACUAGAAGCUGCCAGAAUGCUCUGUGUGAAUACUCCUCCAAAAAAAGCUCAAGAAGGAGGCGGUAGUGAGGUCUUUCAAGAGUUGAAAGGCAUAUGUAUUGCUCUAGGAAUGUCCAAACCUCCAGCCAAUAUAACUAUGUUCCAAUUCUUCAGCGGGAUUGAAAAAAAACUAAAGGAGACAUUAGCAAAAGUUCCACCUAACCAUGUGGGAAAGCCUUUAUUGAAGAAGCCAAUGGGACCAGCCCACUGGGAAAAGAUAGAAGCAAUUAAUCAAGCCAUAGCCAAUGAAUAUGAAGUUCGGAGAAAGCUGCUAAUAAAACGUUUGGAUGUCACUGUCCAGUCUUUUGGCUGGUCUGACAGAGCUAAGAGUCAGACAGAAAAAUUAGCAAAGGUUUAUCAGCCGAAACGCUCAGUUUUAUCUCCUAAAAGUACUAUUUCUGUUGCCCACCUUCUGGCUGCAAGACAAGACUUGUCAAAGAUUUUAAGGACAAGCAGUGGCUCUAUAAGAGAAAAGACUGCCUGUGCCAUCAAUAAGGUGUUGAUGGGCAGGGUCCCUGACAGAGGAGGUAGACCCAAUGAAAUUGAACCUCCACCUCCAGAGAUGCCACCAUGGCAGAAAAGGCAAGAUGGCCCCCAGCAGCAAGCAGGAGGCCGAGGAGGAGGGAGAGGUGGUUAUGAACAUUCCUCAUAUGGAGGACGAGGAGGUCAUGAACAAGGAGGAGGGAGAGGUGGACGUGGUGGCUACGACCAUGGUAGCCGAGGGGGAGGAAGAGGAAAUAAGCAUCAAGGAGGCUGGACGGAUGGAGGGAGUGGAGGAGGAGGUGGCUACCAAGAUGGUAGUUACCGAGAUUCGGGUUUCCAGCCGGGUGGCUAUCAUGGUGGUGGCCACAGUGGUAGCUAUCAAGGCGGUGGUUAUGGCGGCUUCCAAACAUCUACAUAUACAGGAAGUGGAUACCAGGGUGGUGGAUACCAACAGGACAAUAGAUACCAAGAUGGUGGGCACCAUAAUGAUCGAGGCAGUGGUCGUGGAGGGAGAGGUGGUCGCGGAGGCCGAGGUGGACGUGGAGGCCAGGGAGGAGGUUGGGGAGGAAGGGGGAGCCAGAAUUAUCACCAAGGGGGACAAUUUGAACAGCACUUCCAGCAUGGAGGUUAUCAGUAUAAUCAUUCUGGAUUUGGACAGGGAAGACAUUAUACUAGUUGAGGCUACAGAACCUUACACUUUGCUAGAGCUCAAGUAAUAGAAACUUAGUUUCAGAAUCCUGAGUCCAGCAUCAAUAUUGAAUUAAUGUGAGACCACAGGUGGCAGGCAGAUUCCUGCUUGGCAUAAGUAUUUGUAGGUCUUCAUUCAAUUCUGUUGGGUUUGUGGUUUGUUUUUUUUUUUUUAAAGGACUCACAUGACAAAGUUUGUUUGAGAAACACGUACAACAUCUCUCCUUUAUAUAAAGAACUUUUUAAAAGGUAAUUAAAAUUGCCUUUAACUGACCAGUAGACUAAUUCCACAGUCAGAACAUGCAUACUUUUUUGGGAAGAAAUUACUUGAAUAAGUAGUUUUCAAAAAAGCGGUUUUGGAAAUGAGGAUUCUCCUAGAUUUUUUUAGAUUUUCAACUAGGAAAUCUUCCUCAUAUUAACAGUCCAUUUGUGUGUGUUUUCCUUAAAGUAUUCUAAUGCCUGUUUUCCAAGCACAGUUCUGCCCUGAUUGGCUUCUUAUUCAGAGAGAUUAUGCCACAUUUUAGGUCAGUUCCUAUUAAAUGAGCUCUUCCACAGAUAGCACAUUCAGUAGCCUUAUCCUUUUGAUGGAAUACUGUACCAUAUGCUCAACUCUGAAAACCUUGAACACGGCCAAAAUCCGUAAAGAUUAUAAAAGCAAACUAAGUUGUGAACCUAUACGACAUGUAGGCAUUUAUAUAGUAUAGCAAUUCAGACUGACCUGCAUCCAUUCAAAACAAGUUCCUCCUUAAACCUUAUUUUUACUUGAAAUCUGUUAGAAGAAACAGCAAACUGAAAUUUGUUUUAUGCAUGAGUUAAUACCACUGGCUCAGCAAAUACAAGUUAGUUUGCUUUGGGCAGGAGACUUUUUUUGUAAUGGAAGAAAUGCACUACCAAGUAAGAGAACAGAUUUUUGCUUAGUGCAGGAGGCCCUUUAUUAUUGCUGCAGAAAACAAAAGCCUGGCUGAGUUGAUGUUUUACAUUCUCCUUUACUGAAAUCAACAUGAAGCUUCUUGCUGGGUUUUUGUAUACGUAAACAUUGUCAAGCUGUGAAAGAAAAUGGCUGGAGGUGUGCUUUGUGUGAAAGGUGAGCAAUAAAGUAUCUGUAUGUUCUCUCUCUGGUUUGAGUUUUAUUUUAGCUACUUUUAAAAACUGAAUUAAUGUGGAUACUUGUUUCAAGCUUAUAAACUAAGGCAUCUGUUCCCCCAAAAAUUCUUGAGUGUUUCUUUAAAACAUAAUUUGUGAUGAAAGAUAACCCUUACCCUAAAACCAUUAUUAAAUUGAAAAAAACCCUAUUUCCAAAUUGACCUUUUUCUAUAACACUAUAGCUACAAAACUUCACUACUCAUUUCUGGCCACUGGGUGUAGCUGUUGUUACACAAUGUAUUAGGCAAAGAUAAAUUAAUGGCCCAAAUCUUUCAGGGCUUUUUUGGUUUGUGGGGUUUUUUCUGUUGUUUCUCCAUUCUUCCUAAGAAUGAGGGACAUUUCAAAGGAAGUGAAAUGAAAAUAUAUGUUUGUAAAAACAGAACUAGUAUUUCCUUUUCCUACUAAUUUGGGCCUUUUAAAGAAUCAACUCAUGUCUUACCACAGAAUAGCAAUAAUCUAUUUGCUAUUGAGAUAAGCACAUUCUUUUGGUACCUAAAAACCAUUUUGAAAGCCUACCUUGAUUAUUUUGUUACUUUUACCUGUAUAUUAGAUUUUUUUGGCAAGGCUUUACCAUUCUAAACUUGAAGACAAUUUAAAAUACUUUUAUUUAUCAUUAAAGAUUUUAAGGUUUGUCUUGAAAGUUGUAUUAGCCUCUUUAUGCUGUUAAAUAUGUUUAGUAUGUAAUAGGAGUUUCCUAUUAGAGAUAAAAUUGUUAAGGUUUCGUAUCUUAGAAUGUAUUCACAUUUACCUUAGCAUUUGCUUUAAUCUGUUUUGUAACCAAAGACUCCACAGUAUAUCUAAUGAAUAUGUUUCAUUCUUUUGACAAAUAUAAUUGAUUUAUUUUUAUGGUUAAUUGCUUUUCAAAUUUGAGCAUAUAAGCAACAAAUUAUACAUUUCUCCAUGAUGGCUCUAAAAUUUGCAUCUUCAUUUUCUGCUUCAAACUAGAAUUUUUCCCCCCAUUAUAAACCCAAAAAAGAAUUGUCUUUUAGUUUCUCCUGUUUUGACACAAAUUAAGUUCUCGGAUAGGAUUUCAAAC